AUGAUUGAUGGCAGGUUAAAUCCACCCGAAAUUGGCACCUUUCCUUCUACAAGUGCUCCAAGAAGGCUUUCACAGCUCCGGCAAUACCUACAACCCGAUAACUCUGAACCCCAGACAAACCAAAGUGAACCAGCCGAAAGAGAACGGGACACAAGCCGCGAGAGAGAAAUGGCGGAAAAAGACCCAAUCACUUGCCAUGUGCUCAACACUUACACCGGCCGUCCAGGACAAGGAAUUCUAUGCGUUUUGAGGUUGGUCAAUUAUGAGGGCACAAUCAAAGAAGAGCCUACAUUCACAGCAACUACGGAUUCGGAUGGACGGGUCAAGAAUUGGUCCAACGAGGGGGGCCCUUCAUCCGUUUCUUCCACUCUAGCACAGCUGCCCAACCAGGCGGGGUCAGGGACAUCUCGCUCCAUCUGGAGCCUUCGGCUAUGUGGCAUUGACGAAUGGUACCGUGAGCAGGGUGUUCCAGAUUGUUUCUGGCCGGAGGUAGAAGUGCGAUUUUCAGUUGACGGUAGAGAGGGCGAGGAGGGAUGGAGACACUAUCAUGUUCCUGUGCUUCUCGGGCCAUGGAAUUAUUCCACCUAUCGCGGAUCGUGA